ACCGUCACGACUUCCGGGUCGCCGAGGCCGCCUCCGGCGGCGCACACAGUCGUGUCCGCUGGGGUCCGGUCUAUGGAGUCAGUUGGCGCGGCCGGCGACUCGGAGGCAGGAGGCGGUGUCCGAGUGGGGGCCUCUGCCCCGCUAGGAUGUUUCCGGGCUUGGCCGCCGCCGUCGCGGCGCACAGGUGCAGCUGGGCGACGCUGUGCAGGCUCGGUGGCGGCCGGGCAGUGGCCCGCGGCUGCAGCCAGGGAUGGAAGAAUUUAAUGACAUUUGGAAGCUUCACAUACAUGGUUCCCAAUGGUCACCCACAUGUUUGUACUCUAAAUAGAGUCAAGUUGUACUCUACAGAUGUCCACAAAGGAGGGCAGGGAUCACAAGCUCCAAGAGCUGAAAAACUCCCAACACCUAAGGAAGCAGCAGAAAACAUAGGCGCAGAACUCAAAGCCCCACUUAAGCAAGAUCCUCUCCAAGUAAGAGUCAAAGCAGUCCUUAAGAAAAGGGAGUAUGGAUCAAAAUACACUAAGAAUAAUUUCAUCACUGGAGUAAGAGCAAUAAAUGAGUUCUGUCUUAAAUCCAGUGAUUUAGAACAACUUCGAAAAAUCAGACGACGAAGUCCCCACAAUGAUACUGAGUCCUUUACUGUAUUCUUGAGGUCAGAUGUGGAAGCAAAAGCUUUGGAAGUUUGGGGAAGCCUUGAAGCUCUUGCCAGGGAGAAAAAAUUGCGUAAAGAAGCAGAAAUAGAAUACAGAGAACGGCUAUUUAGAAACCAAAGAAUAUUAAGAGAAUAUGGUGAUUUCUUGGGCAACACAAAGCCACGAUCCAGAGCCAUGUCCGUGUUCCUUAAAGGACCAGGAAAAGUGGUGAUGGUUGCUAUCUGCAUUAAUGGCUUAAACUGCUUUUUUAAAUUCCUGGCCUGGAUUUAUACGGGUUCAGCAAGCAUGUUCUCAGAAGCUAUACAUUCAUUGUCUGACACUUGCAACCAGGGUUUGCUAGCACUGGGCAUCAGCAAGUCUAUUCAAACACCAGACCCUUCUCACCCGUAUGGCUUUUCAAAUAUGCGCUAUAUUUCUUCGUUGAUUAGUGGUGUUGGUAUUUUCAUGAUGGGCGCAGGACUCUCUUGGUACCAUGGAAUCAUGGGAUUACUUCAUCCUCAACCAAUGGAAUCCCUUCUAUGGGCAUAUUGUAUUUUAGCAGGAUCUUUGGUGUCUGAAGGAGCAACACUUCUUGUUGCCAUAAAUGAACUUCGCAGGAGCGCUCAGGCCAAAGGAACAUCAUUUUAUAAGUAUGUCAUGGAAAGUCGUGAUCCCAGUACCAAUGUUAUACUAUUGGAGGACACUGCAGCUGUCUUAGGAGUGAUAAUAGCAGCCACCUGCAUGGGCCUUACCUCUGUAACAGGCAAUCCAUUGUAUGAUAGCCUGGGUUCCUUGGGUGUGGGCACCUUACUAGGUGUGGUAUCAGCCUUCCUGAUCUACACUAACACAGAAGCACUCCUAGGCCGAUCCAUACAACCGGAUCAAGUACAGCGGCUUACUGAACUCCUGGAGAGCGACCCGUCAGUAAGGGCAAUCCAUGAUGUUAAAGCCACAGAUCUGGGCUUAGGGAAAGUCAGAUUUAAGGCAGAAGUUGAUUUUGAUGGACGAGUUGUUACACGCUCAUACUUGGAAAAGCAGGAUUUUGACCACAUGCUGCAAGAAAUUCAAGAAGUAAAAACUCCUGAACAAUUAGAGGCAUUUAUGCUUAAACAUGGAGAAAAUAUUAUUGAUACUCUAGGAGCUGAAGUGGACAGGCUUGAGAAGGAGCUGAAAAAACGGAAUCCUGAAGUUCGGCACGUAGAUCUGGAGAUCCUAUAGACCUGGCGAGUGAGUCUCUUGGGACACAGAGACAUCUUCUUCCCCACUGAAAGGGAGUCAGUGCCAUCCAGAAGCCAUGCUUCUUUCUCAAGGUGGAUGGGAUAUUUCCUGUGCUCAGUAAUUGAAGAGGCCACAGGACUGAAAGUCCUUUCUUCUAAUCAUGUCUUCAUGCUUCUGUAGGGAUAUUGGCUGCUUAGAUCACCCACAGUUUCUCAUUUUAGCAAGUCUGUAUUGAACCAUGAAAUCAUGUUUCCUUUCUUAACAUGGUAAAAUAAGUGUUCCCUGUGGACUUGUAACUUAGGUUACCAUUGAAGUAUAGCCCAUCGAAGUCAUCUGAUCUUGAAUAUUCUGGCUAAACCUUGUUGUGUGGUUUUUAAACAGUCACUGUGUUUUGAGUUCUGUCUUUCCUGCCCAGUUGGCAAAGUAUUUCUGUAUACUUUGUGGUUUUGACCCGAACACUGAGAGGUACACUCUCCUAACUUCAUUAUCCACAAAUGUCCAUUCCAAAAAUGGUGUAGUUACUGAAUGGAGUGAAGGCAUUUCAGCAUCUUUUAGAUCAUAGUAGUUGCCAUUUUGUAAAAUUUCUUCUUUCUCCUUUACUUUUUUCCUUAUUUGGUUUAAUUUUGUAAUGUUAAAGACAUAAUCCUAGAUAUAUGACUUUUUUUUAAGGUGGCUUCAGUGCUACAGUGUUUAUUUACUGGGAAAUAAUGCAUUUGUAAAUGUUUUAACAUUCUGUAAAAUGGACUAGAAAUAUUUAUAAUUUUACAGGCAGGAUAGCAUUUUGUUUUUAAUUUAUUUUUUAAAAAGGCACUACUUAUGUAAAUCUGAACUGUGGGAUACUUUUGGCUUUGAGAGAGAAGUAAAUCUCUUACACUGAAACUUGUGUUGCAGUUUUGUGUGCCAUCAGAGCCAACCUUGCAUCUGAUGUCUUGAACGUUAAGUCGGGUAUUUAGCAUAGCGCAUUGACUGUAACACAUUAUGUAAGCAGAUAGCUCGCUGAUGACUGUAAGGUAUCAAGGGAAAACAUUCAGUUUAGUAACUGAAGACUCAGUGAAAAGCUGCAGCUGUCACCACCCCAACAGCUCAUGAGAUGUGCAAGCGCAGUGCGUGUCGUUCACAUGAACAGCGGCGACUCUGCCGGAAGAGUGCGGGACUCACAGCCCUGACACCCCGUGAGUUCAGUGUCUCCAGACUCACUGAGAUGGAAGUUUGUGAAUUACAGCAAACUGUAAUGUGGAAACAAAAAUAAAUCUCUGAUUGAAGGA